AUGCCUGUUUACUUUGUGCCCUCUGUACUUCUAGGCGAGAGUAUCAACCUUGACCUCGAGCCUCUGGGCAACCCAAAGAUUCUGCGCUAUCAGUGGCGGCGAAAUGGCAAGCCGCUUCCAACUGUCCUCACGGCAGACUCGGGAACGAACCUGGUCAGACUCGAGUCGUCAUCGGCAACCGAGGCAUCUGGGCCUACACCACGCCUUCGUAGUCAAGAGUCGCGGCUAGUGAUUGAUAAUGUACAGGCGGACGACAUGUCCAACUACACGCUGGUGGUGGAGAACAAGUUGGGGGCUGGGCAGUUCACCUUCUUCUUGAACGUUACACGUGAGCUGCUUGUUGUAUUCACAGGUUACCAUCCGCCCUUUAAGACAAUGUAUAUGAUUCGGUGUAACACAGUCACUCUGGUUACAUCAUAA